AUGGCCAAUUAUCAUCAGGAAGGAGACCUCAUCAUUGGUGGCAUUGCCUCUCACAGCUUCAUCAUCUCCAGUCCAAUAUCCUUCCAUGAAGAACCACCACCACCAUCAUAUGAUGAGAUAAAGUGGAUGUGGAUUGGGGUCAGUGUUAUGGAAACCGACAAUGGAGAACAAUUUGUGCAAAGUGUGGUUCCACUUUUUGCCCAGAGUGGUAUCUGUUUGGCCUACAUAGAAAGAAUUCCCAGACCAACGUUAGUCACAGAAAUUUUGGAAAUGUUUGUCCGGGGGGCAGAAAUACGCGACAGAAUCAUGGACAGCAAUGCCAAUGUAAUAGUGAUCCAUGGUGAAUCUUAUUCUUUGACAAUUUAUAGAUGGUUUGACUAUCUAUCAGAAUUAGAACAUGUGGCAAAUAAACCCAAAGUAUGGAUAGCAACUGCCCAGGUGGAGCUCACUUCAUUUGUCUAUCAGAAGACAUGGGAUACAGAACUAAUCCAUGGUUCUCUGUUAUUUACAAUUCACUCCAAUGACCUCCCAGCAUUUUCCGAGGCUGUUAAGGACAGAAACCCUUCCAGCGUAACAGGAGAUGGAUUUAUCAAGGACUUUUGGCAACAGGCUUUUGUUUGUGAAUUCCCUACAGGUGGGGGCAAGGUGGAGGGAGAUAUUUGCACUGGGGAGGAGAAGCUGGAGAGCCUUCCUGGACCUUUUUUUGAAAUGAGAAUGACUAGCCACAGCUAUAGCAUCUACAAUGCUGUCUAUUCUGUGGCCCAUGCUUUGCAUGCUAUGUCUAUAUCCAGAGUCAGAUAUAGAGGAGGAAUGAAGCUUCAGACUCAACAGUGCUGGCAGCUCCAUCUCUUUCUACGUGGUGUCACAUUUAACAACAGUGCUGGAGACAAGAUUUUUUUUGACAAGAAUGGGGAGUUAACAGCUGGGUUUGAUGUUAUCAACUGGGUCAAGUCCUCCAACCAUUCUUAUCAUAGAGUAAGAGUUGGAAUGCUGGAUCCCCUGGCUCCCCAGGGUCAAAGGUUUACCAUCAAUGAGAAGGUCAUAACCUGGCCCAGAUCAUUUAACCAGGUUCAGCCUCACUCUGUAUGUAGUGAGAGCUGCUAUCCUGGUUUUAGCAAGAAAGUGAAGGAAGGGGAACCGUUCUGCUGCUAUGAAUGCAUCCCCUGUCCUGAAGGGAAGAUUUCAGAUAAGAAAGAUAUGAAUGACUGUCAUGAAUGCACAGAUGAAAACCACCCAAACAAAUAUAAGGAUUCUUGUGUUCCCAAGGAUAUAAGCUUCUUGUCUUAUGAAGAACCUUUGGGAAUCAGUUUAGCAUCUUUGGCUCUUUCCUUUUCUUUGAUUACGGCUAUGGUGCUAGGAUUGGUUUUGAGGCAUCACAACACUCCCAUUGUCAAAGCCAACAACCGGCAGCUCACCUACACUCUUCUCCUCUCCCUCCUCCUCUGCUUCCUUUCUGCAUUGCUAUUCAUUGGACAGCCUCAGAAGGUGACAUGUCUCCUCCGACAAGCAGCUUUUGGCAUGAUCUUCUCAGUGGCUGUUUCCUGUGUCCUAGCAAAAACCAUCACAGUGGUUCUAGCUUUCAUGGCCACCAAGCCAGGAUCCCAGAUGAGGAAGUGGGCGGGGAGAAAGCUGGACACUUUCAUUGUUUUCCCCUGUUCCCUUAUCCAAACAGUUAUUUGUUCUAUAUGGUGGGCAACCACUCCACCAUUCCCUGAUGUUGACAAUAAUUCCACGCCUGAAGAAAUUGUACUGGAAUGCAAUGAGGGGUCUGUGGCUAUGUUCUACUGUGUCUUGGGCUAUUUGGGCUUUCAGGCUAUUAUCAGUUUCAUCGUUGCUUUCCUUGCUCGGAAGUUGCCAGACAGUUUCAACGAAGCCAAGUUUAUCACAUUCAGUUUGCUAGUGUUUUGUAGUGUUUGGUUGUCCUUUGUUCCAAGCUAUGUGAGCUCCAAGGGAAAAUACAUGGUGGCUGUAGAGAUAUUUGCCAUCUUAGCUUCCAGUGCUGGGUUGCUGGUUUGCAUAUUUUCUCCAAAGUGUUACAUAAUUAUGUUGAAGCCUGAGCUGAACAGCAGGGAACAGUUGAUGAAAAGAAAGACUUGA